AUGGCGGAAAGAUUGGAGGACUUAAAUUUACCGAAUACUACAGUACAGAAAAUUAUUAAGGAAGUACUUCCUGAUUCUGUUUAUAUAGGAAAGGAUGCAAGGUCUGCUUUGUCGAGAGCUGCCUCAGUGUUUGUUCUCUAUGUUACUUCUCAAGCAUCAAAUGAAGCUCAAAACAAUAACAGAAAAAUGUUAAUUGCAAAUGAUGUUUUAAAAGCUUUAGAAGAAUUGGAGUUUGAAAAUUUUAUAGAGCCACUAGAAGAAGUUUUAAAAGAACAUGUAAAUUCAAAAUCUAAAAAGCAGGUUAAACAUAAAAAGCCUAACACUGAAGAAAAUAAUGAAGUAGAAGAAGGAGAUGAAGCACAGGAGAGUACGGAUGAUCAAUAA